UCACAUACUGCAGAGGCUGAAGUCCUUUUUCCGAGUCUGAGAGAAAGGUUGGAAAUGAUCCAGGUCUAGUUUUGGAAGCCCAUCUGCAUUCGCCAACUAAGUUGCGUGUCUUGCCUGCAUGGUCUAGACUAACUAGAAUUUGCUCUGUCCCUUAGGUCAGCUUUUGCGCUCGAGAAGUGCAUGAUAGUCUUGGCUGUCGCUGUGAGUUUGUUCCCCAUCUGACUGUCUAUAGCUGUUUCACUUUGGUAGCGUCAAAGGAGCAUGGCUUAGCAACACGGUACAUGUCCUUUUCGCUCAGUACACGGUGGUAGAAAGCUCUUGUUGAAUGUUGUAGUAUUACUAAGCAAGUGACUGCUGUAGCGGUGUGCUCCCUACGGUCUGCACUGCCAUCAUGGCCUUGGAGGCGAUGGAUGAUGUCUCAACAUUGUCAGGAAUAACCCUGACGUUCCAGUGUGGACUGUACCGCGAUAAGCAAAUGCUCGUUCCGACCACCAUGCAGAGUCUCAGGCAGCAGGCGCUGGUCUUCUUGGCACGAAAGUACCCGGAUCAUCCAUAUAUCAAUCUCUCCGCCAGCCUGAGCUACAGCAUCCUGUCAGCUGAUGGGGCUUCCCCUGACAGACUAAUCGCCUCUGUCAAGGACCUCUACGAAGACUGCGUAGUCAACAUUUCCUUGACUAAUCGAGCACAGACAAGCCGGCAAGUUAUCAACCCUCACAGGCUGUCCGUGAAGUCCUACAAGUCUCCGGCUUUCUGUGACUACUGCGGGCAGAUGCUGUUUGGUCUCGUACGUCAGGGUCUGCAGUGUGAAGGCUGUGGUUACAACUUUCACAAGCGGUGUGCCUAUCGUAUACCAAACAAUUGCCCCGGCGUAAAGCGCCAGCCCAAGACACCGCGUCGCUUUUCCAAGCACCGCAGCGACAAGUCUGAAAGCUCACUGCACGUAGCGAGUAUCUCGCACAGCUGCACGCUACCGUCACAGGCAAGCGUCGACUCGGUGAUGAGCCUGCCGGCCAAUCAUCGUCGCAACUCUCUGCCGCGCCAGCCCAGGUCAUUUGAUCACGAGUCCUUGCAAUCGGCACCGGUGGGCCCGGCCACCUCGCCCAGCCAUGGCCACGGCAAACCGCCCAAGCGCUCCAACUCCUGGUUUGGCCGGCCGGUGUGGAUCGACCGGGAGAUCGCCAGUCGGCGUGACUGCGAAGUGGAGGUUCCUCACACGUUUGUGUUGCACAACUAUAAGCGACCUACCAUCUGCAUGCUGUGCAGGCGACUUCUUAUCGGUCUUAUUCGCCAGGGAAUGCAGUGCAAAGAUUGCAAGUACAACGUCCACCGGCACUGCGCUAACCGUGUGCCGAAAGACUGUCAAAGUCAUAUCCUGGAUGAACUGCAGAGUCGAGGUCAGUCGGAAAUGGGCCCCGGCGUACUGGUGGGCGAUGCUGAGAACGGGUCCAGCCCGUGCCACGAACAUGCUCUGGAUGAGCUCAUGGACCAUGACGAUCAUCAUCCUGCGGCCGAGGGCAAUGGCAAUGCCGAGAACUCAGAAGGAAACAGUGUACAUUCGGUUGCUGUCCGUCGGCAUUCUCACGACUCUGAACUCUCGGCUAACAUUCCGCUCCAGAGGGUGUAUGUGUCCGUCCCGAAGAAUGGCAGCAGUCGCCACUCAACCAUCAAGGAAGGAUGGAUGGUGUGUUUCUCGACGCUGAAGAAAGUGAGAGAGCUGUAUUACUGGAAGCUGGAUAGUCGACAUCUGUACAUGCUGCACUCACCGGAUGAAGCAGAUGUGGCGCAUGAAAUCCCCCUGUCCAACAUGCUUGUCAUCAGCGUCCCCACCAAGGCCGAGCCAAUCUCGCCCAACACGACAGCCCACUGCUUCGAGAUCAAGAUUCAGCGGGAGGGUGUCUACUACAUAGGCGAGAAGGGCGCACCUGAGAAGAGUAGUAUCCACAGCAACAAGAACUACGUCUUCCCGGAAGAUUGCGGGGUGUCCAUGAAGGAUGCGUUGGCUCAAGCAGUCGGUGAAAAGCGCUGCAAGCCAUGGGAAGAGGCCAUCCGUGGUGCAUUCAUGCCGGUCACGCCCAAGCCCAGCAUCAAGACAGUGGUCAGUGUCACCGAGUCUACAUCCAUAGUUGAUAAUGAUGAAUUCACUGGCCAUGUUGAGCCUGGUCCACCCGGUGAGCCUGCGCCAAUGUUCCGCCAGUACAAGUCUUCAACUCUCGAUAUCUGCGACUUCUAUCAAAUAUUCUCAGACGAGUGUCUUGGAUCAGGCCAGUUUGGUGUGGUCUAUGCUGGUGUUCAUCGAAAGUCGGCGAGACCGGUGGCCAUCAAGGUCAUUGACAAGCUGCGCUUCCCGUCCAAGCAGGAGACUGCGCUAAAGAACGAAGUGGCUAUUCUCCACACACUGAAGCACAAUGGUGUUGUCAACCUGGAGAGGAUGUUCGAAACACCCGAUCGUGUCUUUGUUGUUAUGGAAAAGAUGGAAGGUGACAUGCUGGAGAUGAUCUUGCGCCACCCGAACGGCAGACUGGAGGAACGUACUACACGCUUCCUGAUCUUCCAGAUCCUGAAUGCUCUUCAGCAUCUUCAUUCCAAGAACAUAGUGCAUUGUGACCUGAAGCCGGAGAAUGUCCUGCUGCGUGGCAAGUCCAGCUUCCCGCAGAUCAAACUGUGCGACUUCGGCUUUGCCCGUAUCAUCGGCGAAAAGAGCUUCCGCAAGUCGGUGGUGGGCACUCCGGCUUAUCUAGCUCCGGAGGUUCUGAACAACGAUGGCUACGAUCGCUCAUUGGACAUGUGGUCCGUGGGCGUCAUCAUCUAUGUCAGCCUGAGCGGAACGUUCCCUUUCAACGAAGAUGAGGAGAUUGCAGAGCAAAUCCAGAAUGCCGACUUCAUGUAUCCGAAUGAUCCGUGGGAGCAGAUCUCUCGAGAUGCAUCUGGCUUGAUCAACCUCUUGCUGCAAGUCAAUAAGAGCAGGCGCUGCACGGCAAGGCAAGCAUUACUACAUCCGUUCCUCACGAGUCCGAACACAUGGCAAGACUUGCGCCAGCUGGAGAUGGACAUUGGCGAGCGUUACCUGACUCACCCGUCCGAGGACAAGUUCAUGCAGCAGGAAGCGGCCAAGCUAGCAGCAGCGGCGGCGGCGACAGCUCAAGUAACUGUAGCUGCAUCCCCGUGUGGAGAUAAGACACUGGUCGCUGGCUACCAAGCUCCCGUCGUCAUGCAGAAUGGCAUUAGCAAGGAGGCCAUGGCCAGCAUGGCCACUGUUGCGCUGCCUACAGAUCGUGUCACAACUACCAUUGAAGAAUCAGCAGAACUGGCAGUGAACUAACCUGUGCUAGGCUGUGUUCGUGUCAUGAUGUCAUGAUGUCAUGAUGUCAUGAUGUCAUGAUGUCAUGAUGUCAUGGUGUCAUGAUGUCAUGAGCAAAUCGUACUUGACGUUGACCUGUGUUACCACCUGUUAUGAGGACGGCAAUGCAGCCAUCAUGACGAUAGGCGUCAUAUUCUGACCGCUGAGCAGACGGUGGAUGAUGCAGUGCACUCCUUGCCGCUGAGGUUGAUGUGACGUGAUGAUGAUCUAAUGGCACUAACUUGCUAACACCCUCAGCAGAGCGUGCGUGGGUGUGUAUGUGUGUACAUGUGUGCAUGUGUGUGUACGUGUGUGUAUGUGUGUGUGUGUGUGUGCACGCACACGUGCAAGAGAGUGAGUGCAUGAUAAUCUGUAUGUAGGUAUUUUGCAUAUGAAAGCCCUCGGCAAACCAUAUAGGGCUCUGAAUCGCUGCUGCUGCCGCCUUUGCCGCUAUUGUUCCUCUGACCAUGAACUGCUAAUUAAAGUUAACCAUGUGACCAGGUCAUUCUGUUCUCUUGAUCUUAGCCUGCUUACUCUCACACUAUAUAGUCACUACUCGCAGGACAUGGCCAUGCAUGUAUUGCUAUGCUAAUGCCGGCUAAUCACUCUUUCCUUCUGAACUUGAAAUCACCAAUAAUUCAUCUCGGUAGUUCUUAGUGGACGCCCACUUAAGCAUAUAUCUCGCGGUCUCGUGUGCAGUCCCAUGGUGCAUUCAUGCCUGUCGCAAGCAAGCCUGUGUUAUGGCAGCAUUCUGUGUCUAGUGGUGUGCUGUGUAGUGUGUAGUGUGGUGUGUGGUGUACGGUGUGGUGUAUGGUGUGGUGUGGUGUGGUGUGUACUGGGAGGUGUGCGGUGUGGUGUAUGGUGUGGUGGGUAGCGGUGUAGUGUGUGGUGUACUGCGUGGUGUGUGUGUGUUGUAUGGUACGGUGUGCGGUGUGUGGUGUAUGGUACAGUGUGAGGUGUGGUGUAUGGUACGGUGUGUGGUGUGGUGUACUGGGAGGUGUGGUGUAGUGUGAACUCAGUGUAGUGUGUAGUGUGUGGUGUGUAGUGUGUAGUGUGUGGUGUAGUGUACUGGGAGGUGUGGUGUAGUGUACGGUGUAUGGUACGGUGUGUGGUGUGCUGUUGGUUUCUUCCUAAUACCGUACUUGUUGCUUUUAUACGAAGUAGUGAUGUGGAGUGCGUACCGGUACCGCCAGUUCUAUCUGUUGCUCUUGUUCUAUUUUUCUACCGCUAUAGUAUUAGUCGUUGUACCCCUAUAUAUUAUUACAACACUUGUCUACGAUGUCACCGUGUUUUGGCCAACGUUAACCUGCGGUGCUAAUUAUUUACUGUCCUGACAGUGCCAAUGUA